GCUGAUGCUCUUCUGUGAGAAGGAUCAAGCCGUCCACCUGAAAGCAGGCUUCGUGAGAGGAGGGUUUGGCUUUUCUUGACUGCAAGGUGCCCAGUUCCCAUCCUGUGGAAGGCCGGGGGCACAGGGGCAGUAGAGAUGGCGUCAGCCCCAGGAAAGCGUGUGGGAGACAGGCACCUGCGGCCAGCAGUGGAAGGAAGGCUGUAUGGACGCUUCCAAGAGAACCGUACUGUGGGAUGGUCGGAGAGCAAAUCUGAGGGGUGAGAGAGCCUGAUGGAGGAGUAAGGGACAUGUCAGGGGAAGGUACCACCACAGACAGAGACUGAACCGGCCCUGGCCUGUCACCGGCAGCCAAAGCUCUGGAGAGAGACUGUCCAAGUGGUGGGAAAGUGGGUUAGGGUGGAGGAGGCCCCACGCAGAGUCUUCCAUGAGGUGUGGGCAGCUGCUGUUGCGGGGAGGGCAUCCGAGCUCUCCUUUGGGGAGAUGAAUGCACCAGGUGGCUGUGGGGCCCUCGGGAGGGAGAGGAGAUGGGGUGCCUGCCACGUGGACCCUCUGGCCUCCCGGCCCUGUGGACAUCAGGCCUCUCCGUCAGGUGCCCUGCCACACCCCUUCAGGCCGUCCUCGCACAGCACAGCUGGGGACCACCGGAGUCUCUGAGGUCCUGGAGCAAGAAGACUGGACUGGCUCUCCUUGUUUCUCAUUUGGCCGUUCAGCACAUUUUGGGGACCCCUACUGUGUCAGUUACCGUUCUACGGGACACAGCAGAGAACUAAACAAGAAGCUUAGAUUCUGGCACAGGCAUGGAACUUCAGAAGGCACAAAAUGUGCUGGCUGGAGGGGUGCUGAGUGUGGCGGAAGCCAGGGGGCACACACAAGCCCACCCAGUACCAGGGAAGCAGCAGCAGCAGCUCAAAGGCGAGCCCACACCUUAACCGUGCUCUUCAUCCUCACCUGUACGCUUGGCUAUGUGACGCUGCUGGAGGAAACACCUCAGGACACGGCCUACAACACCAAGAGAGGUAUUGUGGCCAGUAUUUUGGUUUUCUUAUGUUUUGGAGUCACACAAGCUAAAGACGGGCCAUUUUCCAGACCUCAUCCAGCUUACUGGAGGUUUUGGCUCUGCGUGAGUGUGGUCUACGAGCUGUUUCUCAUCUUUAUUCUCUUCCAGACUGUCCAGGACGGCCGGCAGUUUCUGAAGUAUGUUGACCCCAAGCUGGGAGUCCCACUGCCAGAGAGACACUAUGGGGGAAACUGCCUCAUCUAUGACCCAGACAACGAGACUGACCCCUUCCACAACGUCUGGGACAAGCUGGAUGGCUUCGUUCCCGCGCACUUUCUUGGCUGGUACCUGAAGACCCUGAUGAUCCGAGACUGGUGGAUGUGCAUGAUCAUCAGCGUGAUGUUCGAGUUCCUGGAGUACAGCCUGGAGCACCAGCUGCCCAACUUCAGCGAGUGCUGGUGGGACCACUGGAUCAUGGAUGUGCUUGUCUGCAACGGGCUGGGCAUCUACUGCGGCAUGAAGACCCUCGAGUGGCUGUCCCUGAAGACGUACAAGUGGCAGGGCCUCUGGAACAUUCCGACCUACAAGGGCAAGAUGAAGAGGAUCGCCUUCCAGUUCACGCCCUACAGCUGGGUUCGCUUCGAGUGGAAGCCGGCCUCCAGCCUGCGUCGCUGGCUGGCCGUGUGCGGCAUCAUCCUGGUGUUCCUGUUGGCAGAACUGAACACGUUCUACCUGAAGUUUGUGCUGUGGAUGCCCCCGGAGCACUACCUGGUCCUCCUGCGGCUUGUCUUCUUCGUGAACGUGGGUGGCGUGGCCAUGCGCGAGAUCUACGACUUCAUGGAUGACCCGAAGCCCCACAAGAAGCUGGGCCCGCAGGCAUGGCUGGUGGCGGCCAUCACGGCCACGGAGCUGCUCAUCGUGGUGAAGUACGACCCCCACACACUCACCUUGUCCCUGCCCUUCUACAUCUCCCAGUGCUGGACCCUCGGCUCCGUCCUGGUGCUCACCUGGACCGUCUGGCGCUUCUUCCUGCGGGACAUCACUUUGAGGUACAAGGAGACCCGACGGCAGAAGCAGCAGAGCAAGGAUGACCAGGGCAGCGCCGUUGGCAACGGGGACCAGUACCCGCUGGGGCUGGACGAAGACCUGCUGGAGCCUGGGGUGGCCGAGGGCGAGGGGCCACCAACUCCAAACUGACCUGGGCCGUGGCUGCCUCGUGAGCCUCCCAGAGCCCAGGCCUCCGUGGCCUCCUCCUGUGUGAGUCCCACCAGGAGCCACGUGCCCAGCCUUGCCCUCAAGGUUUUCUUUUCCUUUUCUCCCGUGCAUCUGGUGAGGCUGAAGGCAAGGGGUGGAGGAGGCCCCAGCACAGCCUCAUCUCCGUGUGUACACGUGUGUGUGUGUGUACACAUGCAUGGCCACCUGUGGUGUGCACGUGUGCUCUCCUCCAGUGCCGGGAGCUGGCUGGCGUGGCAAGGGUGUGCUCUGGGGCAGCGUGUCCCUCAGGAACCAGGUCCUCCCUCCCCUUUCUGCCUGGUCAGCCCCGUGGCCUCUGGCCCACCAAGCUCCGUGUCACUCAGCCACGGCAUGGCCCCGGCAGGGACAUCACAGUACCCUUUCUGCACUCCGUGGGCCCCGGGUGCACUGAGGCCUGGAGGAGUCCACCCUGGCUCCACAUCCACCUCCGCAGCUCGCGUGGGCGUUCGUCCACAAACACUCCAUAGCUGAGAGGCAGUGGAUCCAGGCGGCGACGCUGAGCCAUUUCCUCAGAGCCUUCCUUUCACACAGACCACCCUGGAGGACACGCGGACGGGGUCAGAGAUCACUGAGCUGGCCCCUCCGGGGGGCCUGGAACCCGGAUGCUGGGGCCAUGACGCCUCUGGCUCCGAGUUGAGGGUCGUCUUCACGAGCAAAGAGAACCAAUAAAGUGACAACGAAAGUCUGAGGCUUCCAGCCCUCCCCCCA